AUUGAAUCCAAGUUAGUCUGGCAGAUGUGUCGUAACAUUAUUGACGCAAAGAUCGAUCGUCGCUGAAAUUCCGAGUGAAAAGGAUGAAGCCCAGUUGUUCGUUCGAUUUUCCUCUCAAGAUAAAAGAGGAACCCAGUGAUGCGCCACUCAUUGAGAAUGAUGACGAGAUACCUGAUGCUAAACAUUUUCAAUUCUUCGGAUUUCCGCUAGAAAAUUCGGCGCUUCAAGAACGUAACGGAAAUCACAAAAGUAAACUUGACGACUUGGCAAUUGAAUUUGAGUGUAGAGACGCGAAGCGUAUCGCGGAUUUAUUAGAGGUGACGAAAGUUGAAGAUUGUACCCAAAAUCGAUUGCAGAAUAAGGAAGAUGAAAACAGUCAUCGAACUCGAAAUAAAAUCAACACGAGAGCGGUAAAGAAAGAACCAUUCGUGGACGAUGCGAAACAAUCGAUUGGACAUGGACUCGAAGCUGUUAUCGACAAUGCGUAUGAGAUAUGUAGAAAGAAAUGUUCGAACCAGAGUAAUCUCAACAUCCACAUCGAUAAUUUGCACAAUGGUGUCAGACAUGCAUGUGAUAUUUGUGACAAGAAAUUCAAGAGUAAAAGCUAUCUCAAGUACCACAAUGAUUGGGUGCAUAAUAAAGUCAGACAAGCAUGCGAUGUAUGCGAUAAGACAUUCACACGAAAGGAUACUCUUAAAGUCCACAUCGUCUCGGUGCACAAUGGUGUCAAACAUGCAUGUGAUAUUUGCGAAAAGAAAUUUUCAACGAAGACUCAUCUCAAAACUCACAUGAAUGGGGCGCACAUCGGCGUCACUCAUGCAUGCGAUAUGUGCGGGAAAAAAUUCACAACGAAAACUUAUCUCAAACGUCACGUGGAUGUGGUGCACAAUGGUGUCAAACAUGCAUGUGAUGUAUGCCAAAAGAUAUUCACACGAAAGGAUACUCUCAAAAUCCAUACCGUCUCGGUACACAAUGGUGUCAAACAUGCAUGUGAUAUUUGCGAAAAGAAAUUUUCAACGAAGACUCAUCUCAAAACUCACAUGAAUGGGGCGCACAUCGGUGUCGCUCAUGCAUGUGAUGUAUGCCAAAAGACAUUCACACGAAAGGGUACUCUUAAAAUCCACAUCGUCUCGAUGCACAAUGGUGUCAGACAUGCAUGCGAUAUUUGCGGGAAAAAAUUCACAACGAAAACUAAUCUCAAAACUCACGUGGAUGCGGUGCACAAUGGUGUUAAAUAUGCAUGUAAUAUUUGCGGAAAGACAUUCACACAAAAGUCGGCUCUCAAUACACACAUCUCUUCGGUGCACGAUGGUGUCAAACAUGCAUGUAAUUUUUGCGGAAAGUCAUUCAAACAAAAGAGUCAUCUUAAAACCCACAUUAACGCUGCGCAUAAAGGUAUUACUUAUCCAUGCAAUAUAUGUGAAAAAGCAUACCAGCGUCAAACUGAUCUCCGUCGACACGUUAAAUCGUCGCAUACAAAUAACACUCACACGUGUGAUAAAUGCGGUAAAUCAUUUUCACAAAAGAAUAAUCUUAGGGCUCACAUAGUUAUGGCGCGUCACUGACGCAUUGCGACCUAAUAAAUGUAACACAUUUAUGUUAAAUAGUAUUCAAAAAUUCACAAUGUAUAAUCUACUGUAUUUGUUCGUAAGAUUAAUUUAAACAUUUUUAUUUAUUAUAUUGUAUACUUUUCUGGUGAUAAGUGAUUUCAUUACGUAAAAUCACCGUCAAAACUUUGACGAAAUAA